AUGACGCUGUCCUGGUUCCAGCGCCUGGAGCUCGUGCUCUUCACCACGGCCUUCCUGUGCAAGGCUGUGGCAGCCGCGGCGCUAACCCAGACGCAGGACUCCUUCAGUGGCAGCUGCCCCCUGUAUGGUGUGGCAGCCCAGAAUGGCUCCUCGCUGGCCUUGUCCAGUCCUUCAGCCUCUUCCCUCUGCUACUUUGUGGCUGGCGUCUCGGGUCUCCCGGCCCUCUACUGCCUGCUUUUUCUGCUCUUCUGGAUCUACAGCAGCUGCAUCGAGGACUCUCACACAGGCCCAGGAGGGCUCCGCAUUGCACUGACGACCUUGGUUAUAGCCCUCUUCCUGAUCCUGGUUACUGCCUGUAUUCUUCGACUUGGCACCAGUUCUCUCUGUAGUUCCAUCGUCAACUUGAAGAUUGCAACUAGCCGCCCUAAAGCCCAGAAGAUUUCAUAUUAUAUUGCAAUAUAUAUUAUUAUAUAUGUCAGUAGUGCUUCCCCCAAGUACCUGAAUGGGAAACCAGGAAGCCUAUUAUUCUCUACCAGAACUGGCAUCACCACCUCUCUCAAGCUGCUCAAGCUGUCCUGCUCCCUUCUGCUUGAGCUUAAGGGGUCCUGUGUGGUGUAG